AUUAACAUUCAAAUCUCACGUUUGUGGACAAAACACACACGCACAUAAAUACUGUGAACAUUCGAUCGAAUUGUAUUCAACAAACAAAAUCACUCGAAUCGGAUUUGAUUUGAAGAAAAUAAACCAAACCAAAAUUUGAAACACAAACGAUUAUGUCGCCCAAAAUUGGUAUCGUCGGAAGUGGCCUUAUUGGUCGUAGCUGGACAAUGAUAUUCAUUGCCCAUGGUUUUGAUGUUCAUCUUUAUGAUAUUAAAGAAGAACAAGUUAAUGAAGCAAUAAAAGGGAUCAAUGAAAAAAUACGAAAAUUGGAACAAGAUAAAUGUCUUCGAGGAAAUCUUUCAGCAUCGGAACAAUUGUCCCAUGUUCAUAAAGCACGCACAAUUGCUGAAUGUUUGGAUGGUGCUGUCCACGUCCAGGAAUGUGUUUUCGAAGAUUUGCAAUUGAAACGAAAAGUUUUUCAUGAAAUUGAUCAAAUUUGCUCGGAUAAUGUUGUGCUUUGUAGUUCUACAAGUUGUUUUUUGCCAUCCAAACUGUUCGAAGGAUUGAAACAUAAUGGUCAAAUGAUUGUCGGACAUCCAGUGAAUCCACCUUAUUUUGUACCGUUGGUGGAAAUAGUUCCAUCAAAAUGGACCAAUCCUGCGGUUAUUGAUCGAACACGUGCAUUAUUGGAAAAAGUUGGCCAAAAACCCGUUACUUUGAAAAAAGAAAUCGAAGGUUUCAUUGUUAAUCGCAUCCAGUAUGCAAUUUUGAAUGAAUGUUAUCGUCUGAUUGAAUCGGAUGUUAUUAGCGUCCAAGAUGUGGAUAAAGUAAUGGCACACGGUUUGGGUAUGCGUUAUGCAUUCAUGGGACCAUGGGAAACCGCUCAUUUGAAUGCUAAUGGUAUGCGUGAAUAUUUCGAUAAAUAUUCGAAAGGUAUCCAUGAUGUUAGCAUGACGUUUGGUCCAGUACCACAAAUGGGAGGUCCAACAGCCGAUUUGAUUGUCAAAGAAAUGGCCCAGGCAAUUCCAAUUGAUCGAUUGGAUCAACGCCGUAAAUGGCGCGAUGAACGUCUGGUUGAAUUGGCAACACUUAAACAGAAAGCAAACAAAUGAUUUUUGUGAAACAUGAAGCAAAAAAAAAGUCAAUGAUUUAUUGAAAAUUAAUUAAUCAAAUGUGAAUGUUUUGAUUUUAUUCUGGAAUUUAUGUUCCAAAUAAAUUCUAUGAUGACGAUGA